UAGUGAAACAUUACUGUCAUUUCAACAUCUAACUAUGCUUAGUCAAUUAGUGAAACAUUACUGUCAUUUCAACGUCUAACUAUGCUUAGUCAAUUAGUGAAACAUUACUGUCAUUUCAACAUCUAACUAAGCUUAGUCAAUUAGUGAAACAUUACUGUCAUUUCAACAUCUAUUUUUAUUGACAAAUGGAUGACAAGUUUAUAGAUUUUUUGUUUAGUAAGGAGUUAUAAGAAUUCAAAUGCAAAAUAUCACCAUGACUCUGCUUAAUAUGUUUGAUAAGGCAGAUUUACUGUAGGUACUUUGAUAUAAAGGGGGGCUGCGGUGGCUGAGUGAUUAAGCUCUUAGGGGUCCUGGGUUUGAAUCUCGGUGAAGACUGGGAUUUUAAAUUUCUGGAUUUUUGUGGCGCCUCUGAGUCCACUCAACUCUAAUGGGUACCUGACUUAAGUUGGUGAAAGUAAAGACAGUUGGUCAGUGUAAAGACAGUUGGUCAUUGUCCUGGAAACAUGACACCCUGCUCGUUAACCAUUGGUCAAAGAAACAGAUAACCUUAACAUCAUUUGCCCUAUAGAUUGCAAGGUCUGAAAGGGAAUCUUUGCUGUUACUUUCUUUGAUAUAAAGUGUAAAAAAUCAUUAGAUUAGAUUGGUUUAGAUAAAACUUGACUAGUUGAUUUACAGACUAGUUAGAGUUGUUUGUUGGAGUUUGUUGUUUGUUUGUUUCACAUGUUUCUGAUGUUCCUCUAGAGUUGAAGAUUAUUGCCUCUUAGCCCAAACCUACUGCUUGAUGGCGGGAGAUAGCAGUGGGCAGGGUUUGAACUGGGGAUCACGGAGAAGACAGUUCAUUGACAGCGAUGCCUCAUUUAUGCUUCUAGCUUAAAUAAAACAAGUUAUGACAAUUGUUUCUAAAAUGUUUUGCUUGUAAAAUGUUUUACAUGUUUCGGAUGUUCCUUCAGAGUUGAAGAUAGUUUACUUCCUAGUCCAAACCUCCCGCAGGACGACGGGGGAUGGGAGCGGGCAGGGUUUGAACCCUCGACCGUCGAUAAAUCCGAACGACAGUCCAGCGCACAAACCGCACGACCAGGCAGCCAUCCUGGUUUUUGGGGUAGUAUAGACUAGACCAGGGAUGGGUAGGAGUGUUUUAUGCAGCUUGCAGACAACGACAGAAAGCAUAAGUGCCCACAGAUUAUAAAUGCUUAUCAAAAAUGCAAAUAUAUGAAAAAUAAAUAAUUGCAAAUAUCUAUAAAAACUAUUGAAACUUCUGAUUUUUAUAACUUAUGAUGAAGAGGUCAUAGAAACAUUUUCUCUACAUAUCAUUCUAAAACGUUGAAAGUGAACAAAAUUAUUCUUAUUGACAAUAAUUUGAAACAUCCAGUCAAAGACACAAUCUCAGGCCAGUUUUUAUUCAAUGCUAAGAAGAACUGGGUUCAAUGUGUUUGGUUGGCUUGGAACAAGAUGGCAAGUGUAACAACUCAUGGAACCCGAGCUUUGACUGAGAUGUCAGAUGUCAUUAUGAUAUGAGAGCAGACACAUGAAAGGGAACUAUGCACAGGUCGCAUACUCUCAGAGUAGUAUGGAGGUCACUCUUCAUCAUUCCUGGAUAAUCCUGUCACAUUAGAGUAUCUUUACAUUUUAGAUAUUAUUCAAGACAAGUCAAUAUUAUGACUAGUAUGGAAAUCAAGAUUCAUCCUUCCACAGAAAGUCCCUUAACUGCUCAGACAGUUGCCAAUACACUUCUGCAUCUUCCACAGACGCCAGCCAUUCUGCCGUUUAAUUCCGUGUCUGGUCCUGGACCAGUUUGUCUCUUUCCUGUUUCCUUAUUAGGCCAACCCCCUCUACAAAGUCAGAGCGAACCAAUCCUUCUCCUCCCUGCCUCCAGCCUGCCAGUGGCACAGUCUGCGCAUGCGAAUGCUUCCAUGCUUAGUCCUAAAAUGUCCUCUGCUUUGACCUUGCCACAACAGCUCUUGUUAAACACGGCCCAGUUACCUGCAAUGAUCAAACCUCCGGCUGCCAGUUUACCUGCGAACCAGUCUCCCAUUCAGCAAGAAGCAUCUAGUCAAUCCAUAAUUGUGCUGCCAUUGGGAACAAAUGAGCCGGUGCCUAACAAAUCCUUGCCAGAAAAAAACAGUGAAAAUAAAUGUCUCCCUGCAGACUCCACGGAGUCCAGCUCCAAAGAGAAAUGGACACGGUCAGGAACAAGCAGACGAAAAAGCACCAAAAUAUCAGAAUUAUGUUCUAUGAGGGAAAAUAGUAAGAAAUUCGUCAGUUCAGCCCAAACGCCACCUUCCAUUUCUCUUACAUCGAAUGAAACAUUGGGAAAUUCAAUGAGCCAAGAUUCUUUAUGCAGCAGUGUCAAACCUAAUGAUAUUUCUCAGAUUCUCUCCAGUUUGCCUCCGGGUUGGCAGGUGGUUGGCAUGACAGGCUUGGAACAAGUUUCUGCAUUAAGGCUUGAGGAGUGUAGACCUCUGUCUCAAACUAGUCAGGUAAUGGUCUCCCCUGGGUGUAAACCAUUAACUCCAAGUUUAGUCUGUGUUAAUUUAAACAAUGUUUCCCAGCCAGUUGCUUCAGAGACUCCUGACAACUCGGCAGUGAAUGAACUGACAUGUUGUGUUAAACUGGAUGACAUUCCAUGUACCCAAGUUAUUUCGAUCAAGACCGAACCAAUCAAAGAGGAAGAAACUAAACCGGACAGUACCUCUGAUGACCAGUCCAUUAAAAGGCCAAGGGAAAAAUUCAGCGGCGUCAGAAAAUUACGAGGAAACACAAAUGAUCAAACAGAGAAGUCAAGGUACUGUGCUCAGUCUAAUGUAGCUACUAGAAAUAGUGUGAAUCCAUAUGCACUGUCAGAAAGCUUGGACUGCAGAUCCUCAACGCUCAAUGACCAAUGGACUAUAGUCGGUGUUACUUCUAUUCCCCAAACAACAGUCAAGGACGUAUCAACAUUAAGUAAUGCUAUGAGCAAUACAGCUACUGUUACUAGCUCUUCGUCUGACCACAUUGUGUCUAGCCAAAGUGUUGACCAGUCACCAGAAACAAUUAUACUCAAGAUACCCAUUUGCCCUUCAUCUACAAGUAAAGGGAAAAGAAAGACAAAAGUUGGGGCCAACAAAGCCGUCAGCUCAACAAUAACAUCUGUAUCGGCUGCUCCUGUGCCUGAUCCACCAAAGGACAAGGAGGGUUCUCAAGUUAACAAGUCUGAAGACAUGAAGUGGACCAUUGUUGGACUAACCCAGACACCGUUAUCUCAAGAUGAUACGACUGGUAACAUACAACAUGCCCUGCCUAGUGGUCAUUCGUCUGUUCUUUCCUACCCAUCAGGCUUAACGGGAGGUAAUUCCAGUCUUCUGACACCACUGCUCAAUAACGCUUCGACUAGUGCAAACACUCAUCUUUUAAAUAUCAUGUCAGCUAUCUCCACAACUAACCAAUUAAUGCUUCAGAAAAAUAUGAGCAAUCAAAACAAUCUUAUAUCUCCAGCGGAUGUUGGUUCUGUCGGCUCAGAUGAUGUCACUAAAACAAAUCAUCAAAGAGAUCAUUCAAGUGGAGCAAUCCCAGAUAAAAAUGAAUGGAAGGUUGUAGGGGUCACACCGCUGGGGCUUCCUGUAGCUUCUGUCAAUCCUUUUACACAAGUGAGCCCAUUUCAAGUGACCCCAUUUCAACCAUUGUCCUCUCUUGUCCCAGUGCCGUUACUUCUCCCCCCGUCUACCAGCCUCAUUCCAGAAGAACCAACUACGUCUGUCGGUAAAAACCUAGCUUCCGCUACCAUAUCAUCAGUUUCAAGUGCGAGCUCACCACACCCUGGGACUGCCACUACCUCUUCAGUCAUUCUUCCACCUCCAGUAUCAACUUGUCUCAAACAACUAACAGCUUCUGACUUUGAAGCUCUUCAAGCCUAUAGAUUCCAACAUGGACUCGAUCAUCUUCUACAUAACAGUUCAGAAAAUUUGUUAAGUCCCAUAAAUUUCCACAAGUCGGUGGAGCCAAACCACUGGAAUGUGGUUGGGAUGUUAGCCAAUAAUCAAGUUUCACUUCUUGAUUCUGAAAACACUUUGACAUCAAAUUUAAAUACGCAGACUCUAUCAAAAAGCUCUAGAACCACUUGUAAAGAAACAACACUCAAUGACGGGCCUUCACAAAUUUCUGCACCCUUAACCUCUCCUAAAAAUAACACUGUCCGGCAGACCUUGGCCUCAAAGUUGAAAUGUGGUGGCACUCAAUCAAAACUAUACAAAUUCAAAAAUUUUGUCAAACUGAAUGAAGAGUCAAUGACAUCUAUUUGUAAAGACCAAAUUUCUGCUACUAUACCAUCGGUUUCAAAGUCGAUGACCUCACCACACUAUGUCAAGAAAAACACAGUCUCAAGCCUGUUGCGUUUAAAACGCAUGCAAAAAAGUCGUCAUGAUGCUAGUCAUCGUCUUGAUGCUAUGAAUUAUAUGGAUGUUCAGGCUAAAGGAGAUCUGUCAAGGUCAAAAGUUAGAUCUCUCAGAUCCUAUGCAGGGAAUCGGGGUUUAUUUACUAAAGCAAAAGAAUGCAAUGACGAGACUCAUACUUUCAGUGAAGCUCAAGUUUCCACUUUCAGUUCCAAACAUGAAGUUGAAGAAUCAUUUUUAGAAGUUCAAAGUUCAGCUUCCAGCAAUCAAAUAAUGAGUCCAGAGAAACAGAGGUCUGAAGGUUCAUUUGUUAAAACCCAGCCACAUUCUGCAGCCAGGAAAAGAAAAUUAAAAGUUCCGAGAAGAAUGAUCGCAGUGGAUACAGACUAUCAUCCAUUUGAUACAUCAUCAGACAGUAAUUGAGCCAUUGUCGCAGGUACUUUACAGGCUGCAGGGUAAAAUGGAAGUUGCUUGUCAUAGUAGGUUUCUGUAUUGAUCUAUUCAGUAGUUCUAUUUAUAGAACUGUGGACUUAUGAGGAGUAGUUCUCAUUCUCCAUACAAUUUGUUCAGUUUGAACUGGAUUCAAAGAGAAUCUCAAUACUUCAUGACUUGAUAGUUGCAUUUAUUUGUUUUCAAGUUACAAUCAGAGUAGACUAAACCUCGGAUUUAUUGAUGUCAUUGUAUUUGCGAUUUAAACUUGGAUCUGUUCAAGUGGUCAAUUCUUCCUAAACAAAAAAAAAAGCUUGAUCUCUAGAACUUAGUUUGUCUAGGUGUGAAUUCGGUUAUUUUUUAAAGAAUUAGGCUCAAAUCUCCCACAGUUAAUGUGCUUGACUUAAAUGUCUCCAUAGACUGACAGUUAAACGUGGUUGACUGAAAUGUCCACAUGCAGUCAGUGUGGUUGGUUAAAACAUCCUCCACAAUCUGACAUAUUAGAAGAGAGUAAAUUUUUUUUUUAUUCAUUUUUAUACAACAUUGCCCCUAUAACAUUCUAUUGCAUAUAUACAUAUAUAUUUUUAAGGUCAAAAUUGUGAUAUUUAGAAUGUUGCGAUAUGUAUUUAAUAUUAAUUAUUCAAUGUGAUUUGUAUUCAACAUCUAUUUUAUCUCACCUAAUAUGUGUGAUAGAAUGGUCUGACUCAAAUAUUAAAUUCUUAACUUGUAUUUAUUUAGAAAUAAUAUCUUUAUGUCACUUUCUGUUACCUUAUUGUUUGCUCUUUUAGCAAUUGUCCUGUUGAUGAUUACCAGAUGUUUCUUUGGGCAUCAGUGUGUUGUUAGUUUGAUGCUUUCUUAACAUUGGUUGGUUUGGAGAGUGUAUUUUUAAAUUAUUGGGUACAUACUACCUUUUAGAUAGAUUUGAUCUCCUUACUACCAGUUCUAAAUGUGCUUGUUGUCUAGUUUAGUCCAAUGUGAAGCACAAAUCCCUGGCUUCCAGGACAUAUUAUUCCAGCCAGCACUAAUAAAUAUCUGGGAGGUAGAAUACUAAGUUGUUAAACUUAUCCAUUGAAACAUUGGAUGGGGCAAAUAUGCAGGUCGCAUCUGGGACUGCGUAGCCACGUGAAAUACUGUACUCCACAAAAAAAGAAAAUCUUUAUUAUUAUUCUAAUUCUUGAAACUUUUUUUGUAACCAAAUCUCAAGCUUUAAAUUCUAGGCCAUCCAGUUUAGUGCGCUCUCAUCCAAACAUACUUCUAGAUUUGUUCUAGUAUAAAUUUAACAAAAACAUUUUUUGGAGAUCCACAUUUUUUAAACUGCUUCUCAGUAGUACACAGCUCUUCACAAGUUUUUAAUUUAUUCACAGAGUUUAUAUUUGGAAAGAAGUUUUUUUGUUUUUUUUACUCUCCCCCACCCCAUUCCUAAAAAAAAAAUCCUAUCUCAAUAUCUUAAUAGAACCUGUGCUCUUGAUACGAUUAGUAAAAGUAUAAUAUAUUUUCACUACAUGUAAACUCUUUUUUUCAUGGAAUCUUCUUCAAAUGUCUAUAAAUAGUUGCAUCCUGGUUAAAUGCAGUUAACAUUUCAGUUUCUUGUAGCAAAUUAAAUGGAUGCAAUAAAAUGAUCAAAAUGCUUGUAUAUAAAAUAGACAUGACUGUGGAGAUGUGCUUGUAGAAUGUUGUUAGCUACUUCAUGGUUACAGAGCUGUGAAGAUGUAUUUUUAUGUGAACAUUUGUUUUACUAUGAUGGCGUUUUAUCUGUGAAAAUUAAUUUUUGCUGUCUUCUUUUCGGCCAACUUAAUGUUGUUAAACUUUACCAAUGAUUUUUUUGUAAAGCAAUAGCCAUCACACAAUGCAGCUGGAUUAUUUUGGUGUCCAUAUGAAGAAAGGAUUGCAUUGAGAGAGAUACCUCGAAUGAGGUUUAUUUAAAACAUGUAAUAAGUAAUUUGACAAGCUUCUUGGAGCUUUAUUAGUUUCUUGAAUUUUGCAAUAUAUUUAUGAAAACUUUGUUCUGAUAAUGCACAGACUUGUUUACAAAACAAUCUGAAAGAGCUUUGUCAUGCAUUGCCCUUGACAUCGUAUCCUUACUGUACUGCUUUGUUGUUUCAUAUUUAAUAGGACUGAUUAUCGGAUCUACAACAGCUUAGGGCCCGGGCGUGGAGUCGAAAGGCCCAGGAGAGAUCUGAAUGGAGGGAUGUGUUGAAGCAGGUCAGAGCCCUCCAUGGGCUGUAGCGCCACUGGGAUGGAUGCUAAUGUUUGUAAGGCCCCAUGUCCUUGCUUAAAUUCAGGUGGCCAGUCUGGAGAGAUGAGCAUUAGCAUCUUAUUUUAAUUUUUUUUUUAUAAGAAAAAAAAAUUCUGAUUAUGAGUGGCACAUCACCCACGUAACAAACUUCGAGCUUACUAUCAAACAUAUCAUUAUUUGAAAUUAUUAGAUUUCCUUUUGUUUGGACAAUUAAUAUCUAUUUUCUAAACAUCACUAGUAUGGCUAGUCAAUCAAGUACUAGUCCAAUCAUUUACCACUGACAGUUGAACACAUCAUGUCAAAUCAUGUGCAAUAUUUUUUGUGUAAAAUCCAAUUUUUGUACUUCUUAGACAGUCAAUAAAUACUAAAUGAGAA